AUGGUGCCAACAGCAACUACCGCUCUUCAAUUGCUCAUAGCAGUAUGCACGAUAAAUGGCCUUAAUUCUCAUCCAACACGAAACAGGAAUCCUCCCUUAGGAAUCCUAUCUGAACUAAUCGGCAGUAAUGGCAAAAGUCCGUUGAUUGUGGUGCUAAGUCCCGAUCGUGGCCCAAAAGUCUUCGGAGAUAAAACACCUUCGUCACCACCAGCUCGAGAUGAGUCAAAUGGCUACCAUCUACACAAUAAGAACGACCGUCACAUUCAUAAACAAAAUAAUUUGGAAAAUAAUUACAUUAUGUAUUUAAAUCAUUUAUCCCGGAAUGCCUAUAAUACAAUAACUAAUGAUUUAAUGAGGACAAAGAAAAAUCAUUCAGACAAGCAAAAAGGCCAUGACUCCAAUCGAUUGUACACAGCUGAACAAUGUUCUGAUUCAGAAAACUAUAGUGAAUGCGACGGAAACGCUGAUAGCUAAUUAAUGGAAACCGCUUCACCGGAUUCUCUAAUAGUGUACAUAAGCCCAACUGAUCAGACAGAUACUUUUUUCGACGAACAAGAACAACAAAAUGCACCUUCGCAAUCAAUCGAAGAAGAGCAUUUGAAUUUCGAUCAUAAAACAGCUAAAUUGGAGAGUUCAAAUAGUGUAUAUAAUGCCUUGAUAAAUAAUUUCCGUGUUCCUUUGAGGGACGGUGAUAGUAGAAACCCAGAAAUACAAAAAGAAAAAGAACUCAUGAUCAGUAAUGCACUGCGGUCAAGAUGUGAAGCCAUAAUUCGAUGUGAAGAAAAAUGUGCAAAACCGGAGACAAAAAAUGAAAACAGCACAUGUUCUGGUAUUGAUUCAAAAUUUUGUGAAGAAGAUAGUGGGAUGGCAACACCGAAAUCAAAUUGUCCAGAAAGAUGUAAAGCGAUCUUCGAUCAUUUGAUAAAUUGUCCACAAUUAGUUACCAGUAAAAAUAAGAAAGAACAAAAGAAAAAGAAAGGGAAGAAAAAGAAAAAUAUCCAACCAUCAUUGUCUGACGAGUACUCAGGUGUUCUUUCAAACCUUUAUAAAAAGGCUUCCGACCAGAAUCGCCCAUUGAUUCUAGUUUUAGACAGCAACGCGAACCGUGGUCAGGAUUACAAUUAUAACAAAUAUAGAUCCCAUCAUUACAGAAACAAUAAUUACAAGUCCAACAGCUACUCGAAUCAGCCUAGAAAUGACGUAAGCUAUGAAGAGACACGUAACAACGAUGAAGUCUCAUACCCAUUCCUAUAUCUUCAUCAAUUGUCUGAACAGGUACAAAGCAAAAAUUCGCCAGUUAACAAACAAAGAUCCAACUAUUACAAUUCACGUAAUGACAGAAACAACGAUAAAAAUAAUAGAGAAGUGAGACCAAAUUCUAGGAACGACCAGGACAGGAAUAAUAGAGACUAUAAAUACAGAAAUGAUGAUUACAGGGGAGAUGUAAAUAACAAAAGAAAUGUAAAUUAUAGAGGCAACAACAGAUAUUCUGGCUAUCGUGGAAAUAAUAAAGGUUACAGUAGAGGUGAGAAAGAUAAUUACCGAGGCUAUGCGGGAAGAUAUCACGAUAAAGGUUAUAGCUAUAGAGGUCAAAAUGAUAGGGGCUCGUCAGAUUCUGAUUACAGAAAUAAAAACAGAGGUAACAACUAUAACAGAGAAAGCUACAGAGGUAACAGUGACGUUUAUAGGAGCAAUUAUGACAAGACUAAUUACAAAAGUUACAGAGGAAAUUCUGACAGUCGGGCUACUUAUGGAAAUGAUAAUUACUACAAAGGAAACAAUAGAGUUGACGACUACAACAGGGGUUCUAAUGAUAAAAAUGACAACAAAGGGUAUAACAGAGGUGAAAAUGACUAUAGAUCCAAGAACAGGGGUAAUGAUAAAUACAAUAGAGGCUCUUACAGGGAUGACGAUGACUAUAAUAGAAAUUCUUACAGGGGUGACGAUGACUAUAAUAGAGUGUCUAAUCGGGGUGACAAUUAUUAUAACAAAGCCUCCUACAAAGGUGACAACUACUAUAAUAAGGCCUCUUACAAGGGUGACAACUACUAUAAUAAAGCCUCUUACAGGGGUGAUAAUAACUAUAAUAGAGACUCUUAUAGAGGUGACAAAAACUACGAUAGAGACUAUAACAGGGGUAACAAUAACUACUAUGGAGGCCCUAACAGGGAUAAUUAUAACUAUAAUAAAGGCUCUAACAGGGAUGAUUAUAACUAUAAUAAAGGCUCUAACAGGGAUGAUUAUAACUAUAAUAAAGGCUCUAACAGGGAUGAAAAUAACUAUAAUAGAGGGUCUAACAGGGUUGAUAAUGAUUAUAAUAGAGACAAUGACUACAAUAGAGGUUCUAACAGGGAUGAUAAUAAUUAUAACAGAGGCCCUAACAGAGUUGAUAAUGAAUAUAGGGGUAACAAUUUGGGUGAUAAUGAUUAUAGAGGAGAUAACAGAGUCGCUUCUGACUAUAAAGGCGAUGCUGGUAACUACAAGGGAGAUAGAGAUGACGAUUCUUACAAAGGUGACCAAAAACAAGAUAAACUAGAAAAAAACAUCAUGAAAUCACCACUUGUAAAGACUCUAAUGAAAAUAUCAAAUGAUUUGAGACAACGUGUUGUUGAUUCCUGUGAAGAUCCUAACGCACAGCAACAGACCACACCGGCAGUAGAGGUAACAGAAGAUCCAUGUGAAGAUUCAAGGGAUACCUGCGAAGAUGACGGUGAUAACGGCAAUCAAAGCACAAGGGGGGAACUUCAUACAAAUGGGGGAAUGUACUAA